UUUCCACGCAACACAUUGUGUUUUGAAACAUGUUACGUGUAAGUGUUGCGGUUUCCGUGUUGAUGAUACCGUCAAUUUCCGAUCAGUUAAUAUGGAUUUACGAUUCUAUAUUUUCGUUGUAGCCAAUUUCUUGGUAUUUCCUGACGAUACUCUCUCUUGGCCUGAGGAUAAUGAGAAAUCAACAAGUGAAGAAAUAAUUCCUAGCGAUUAUUGUAAUACUGAAAAAACUACAUUCGGAAACAAAACGUUAACAUGGAGAAGAACUCAAGUUGGUGUCACCAUGUAUUCGGAUGAAUUUUGUGCAAAUGCGGAAGGUAGAGUUGCUGAAAGAUAUUGUGAAAGUGAUGAUACGUAUGGAGCAGUUUGGGGAAAUGUUAAUGGAAAUUGUUCCGGAAAUUUUGAAACUUCAGAAAAGACCGACCAAUUGCAUAAAAUUUUCCUUAAUUAUAUUGUUGAUGGUCACGCGGAUUACAGCAAAUUAAGACCAAUUUCAGAGGAUAUACAUAAAUUUACUUAUGUUGAUCAAUACUUAUUAUCUAGAGCUUUUUACGCAAUGACUUUAGAAGAUCACCUCCCAAGAUUAUUACAGAAUUACGGUCCAAUUCUAAAUAACAUAAUGGAACUAAAUAUAAGUGAUGUCGAACAGAAAUUCAAAAUGUUCGAAUCUUACAAUUUCACUUUAGCCGGAAUAAACGUCUUUUUUAAACGAAUCGCGGACGAAAUACACAACUUAACGUGUAUACACGAAGCGCAUUUUGUAUUUGAAAUUUCGAAUCCGUUUUUGGAAAACAUCUCGGGAUUCGGACUUUAUAAAACAUCGCCGUCGGAUUCAUUUCUCAAUUAUACAGUGAAAAAAGUUUAUACAAACGAAACCCACGAUAAUUUAGAUACUGAAAAUCUUGAAGUGGCGGGAUAUGUUUCAAAAGAUUUUUUGGAUUACAUCAGUUAUCACAAAACGGAAGAAGAAAAAAGAAAAAUGAAAAUACUCAUCGCAGCAUUUCAUCGAAAUAAAUUAUUUAAUUCUACAAUUGUUAGUAGGAUAAUAGCGGUGAGUAUUUCGAAUUUUUGUAGCCAAGAAGAUGUAGCUUUAUUUGAUAUCUUUUUAAAACCAAAUUCACAAACUUCCGGGGAGUGGUUUGUUAUUCAAAAUAAAGAUAUUUACAAUGGGGAUACUUCAGAGUGUUCUUCGGCUCCAAUUACAUACAUGUUUCUUUAUGAUGAUAAGCAAAAUAAAAUCAACGAUGAGUGUAAGACUUCCAGACGAUUUCCUUUCGCUGAGGUGAACGUUCAUAAUUCAUUAGCUGGCGAUGUUCAUUAUCACGAUGAUAAUUCACAAUUUGAUAUUUUAUCGAGUUUUUCAAUGUCGAUAAAUUAUGCUCAACCUCAAACGGUAAUAGAAGCGUUAUACAAAAGACACGAUUUAAUGUUACGGACUAUAAUGAUUUUCGGGUGCAUUUUAUCAUUAAUGGGAGUUACCGGUAUGUUGUUAACUGUUUUAUUAAUUAAGCGUUGGCAUCAAAGGAGAUGGUUUAGUCUACAAUUAAUGAUUAGUAUGGCGUUGGAAACUGUAUUAUUUUUGGCGAGUAUUGAAAUAUCUUAUGUAGCUUCGAUAAUUCUUUAUUACUUUAUAUUAACGCAAUUUGCUUGGAUGAUGUUAAUCGGGUACACUCAAUACAAAAAGUUUGUUCAGAUAUUUCAAGGAGAUGAGAUAUCGAUUAUUAAAUCUCUAAUAAUCGGUUGGAUUUUGCCGUUAAUUGUAAUCAUAAUUCCUUUAUGUAUUUAUCCGGAAUGCCUUCAUUGCCAAUCUUGUACUGAAAACGGCGUUGUAAUCAUUUAUUUUGUUAUUUUACCGACGUCAUUAAUUAUUUUAGGGAAUAUUAUUAUUUAUGUUUUAAUUAUGUGGAACAUUUCGAGAAGUAAAUGCCAAGAUUUCGGUGUUAAUAUUAGCAGAAGACAAACGCGACUCGCUUUGUUAUUGCCGUUUAUGUUAGGAUUAACUUGGGUGUUUUUAUUCGCCUUGGUUUCACCUUGGACAACAUUCGCUCUAAUCGGUUCUUAUCUAUUUCACAUUGUUGCACCCAUACAGGCUUUCGUACUAUUUAUUUUUAUCGUAAUUAUGGAUGCCGAUACAAGAAAAAAAUGGAAAGGAAUUUUAUCAUCUUACAAAAAGAAUAAAGUACAUCCUAUUAAGUCACCAAAUCAUAAUAAUAAUAAUAAUAAAAAUAGUGAUAAACCUGUUUCUUAAUCUAAAAUAAAGAUGUUUUUAAAUA